CAAUAUCGAACGUCCGACGUCAAACCAACUUUAUUCCAGUAAAUUGACUUGCCUACAAUCAUCUUCCAUAUGGAAUCUUUUACGUUUUUAUAAUAACUAUCCCUUUCUUGUUAUACUUUUACAGUGGUAGGCGUGUCACAUUAUUGUGAAAGGGAUUUUCAGUAGUAACCGUAAGAUUUGUUUUUAGUGUUUAUGCUGCACUUCCGCGUUGACGUCACCUGACGCACAGAAAGGAGGAGGGCAAUCCGUGCUUUUCACACACAGACCAUAAUAACCUUCGACUCGUACCGUCUCCCUGAGCACCGGUCGCGCGGCUUGUUUUUGUUGGCGCCCCUAUUAUGUAGCGUCAGGACGUUUCAUUUCUAAUCAGUUCACACGGCUUGUUUUUGUUUGUUUGUUUGUUUGUUUGUUUGUUUUUACUGUGAGCGUAUAAGUUUGACGGAGGUUGUUGACAGUCAGCAGGCCUGUACACAGUUUUCACACCGUCGCAAAACUUAAGUUACGGAAGAGCAACUAGUGUGCAGCCAUGACCUUUUAUUUGACGCCAUGUAGCGACUCACUGUAGGAUUAUUUUCCACAUCUGGAGUUUAACCCCAUCCACAUCGGAGGUCAGACUGAGGUUUGACAGCUCGCUGUUUUGUUUUCCUUUUGUUUUCCUUUUGUUUUCAAGGGACGUUGUUUGGUUUUUAGGGCCCGAGCAGCGCGUCCUAAACAUAAACAGACUGAGAUGGGGCCCAAACAGAGCAGUCCGGCGGGUAGUGCUCGCCUCAGGGCUUAUUCAGGCUCGGAUGUGCCCACUUCCACCACCACAGCCGCCGGUUCCGGGAGCGCGAGCGCAGCGGCGAUUCGGUACUACACUGGAAACCAGCAGCAGGUCGGAGCGCGCGGGCGGUACGCGGCGGACGGCACGAGACCCAACUCGCUUUUUCAGUCCACCAUCAUAGCGCAAGGUAGCGGGACUCAAAGCGACGAUGACGCGGACGGAGAGCGAAGUCAAUCCGGUCCGAGGUUACUGAUAGGAUCGUUACCGGCCCACCUGUCUCCUCACCUGCUUAGAGCUGGAUUCAACUGUCCUGUGUGUUCAAAGUUUGUUGCUUCAGAUGAAAUUGACCUUCACCUUGUCAUGUGUCUCACCAAACCGAGACUCUCCUAUAACGAGGAUGUCUUGAUGAAGGACUCUGGGGAGUGUGCAAUAUGCUUGGAUGACAUGGUCCAGGGAGACACCAUUGCCAGACUGCCCUGCCUCUGUAUCUACCACAAAGGGUGUAUUGAUGAAUGGUUUGAGGUGAAUAGGUCAUGCCCAGAACACCCUACUGAUUAAACAAUUUCUAACAUUGCACAGGUUCUCUGAUUUCGUCACUGAAAACUGCACACCCUGUGAUCCAGAACCUCAGUGAUUUUACAAAGACCUGUCAUCACCUCAGAUUCACACCUGUGCCAAAAGACAAUUAAAACUGACUCAGGGAUCCUGCCCAUGUGUGAGAUUUUUUCUUCUUCUUCUUCUUCUUCCCCAUUUCCAUUUUAGCACACCAAAGGACAGCAGAGUGCAAAAACACACUGCUGUGUUGAACCAUUUGGGCUUCAGGAUGUAGCGUCACUGUAUUUACACUGGACACAUUUCUUUCCUCCUGAGUAAGAAACAUGUCUCAUGUGAACAAGGACAUUUCAGUCAUUGAACACAGCCACGUUGUAGACAUAAAGGAUGCUGGGUGAACUUGUACCCAAUUUUGGGAUAAUCAUUCUGUAAAUAGAGAUCUGGAGUAGCAACUAAUUUUCAACUCUCCAUUUAAAAGAAACGGUCCAUUUUCUUUUUUUUUCUAGUGUGGAGAUUACAUAGUUCGGUGCUAAAAUAAUCAAGUGCCGUUUUUUUGCUAAAAUGUGCUGCUAUGUUUCACAGGCAAUAGUUGUAAGUAAAUGAAAUUUUAUUAAAGCAUUUCUUUUUUUUUCCUUUAUUUUCCCUGUGAGUUUGGGUUCAGAAUUUCAUAGGAACAAGCUGUUCAAGGUAAACACAGAACUGAAAGCUCACUGUAAUCUGACCACUUAUUGUUGAUGCUUGUAGUUUUGACGUGUCCAAUGUCACAGUAUGACAUCGUAGAAGUUUUUGGCAAGUCAUUAUUUCAAGUCCAUGUUUUGAUUGUACACUUAAUAUAAGAAUGGCAUAGCCUUAUGUAAGGUGUGAAAUUUGUAGAAAUGUUAGUGUGAUUUUUAGUAAUGCCACCAGACCAAUAAGUUACAGUUAUCUGGAGAAAAAUCCACUUUGAUGAAUUGAAUAAAUAUUGUUAUAUAUGAGUUUGUAAGUUAGAUGUUAUUUGGUUAUUUGCCAGUUCAUUAUGAAAUACUACUGCAUAACUGUAAAAUUGCACUGAAGAGAAGUCUAACUUAAGUGCAAUUUCGAAAAAUUAUAAAUGUCCAUCAAAACCUUUUUUAAUAUUUCAUCACUGCAAAUCUGUAUUUGGCUCCUCAUCAAUUCAUGUCAAAAAUCACAAUAAAGCACUGGGAACCUG